AUGGGGUCGAUACCAUCAACGCCGCGUAGAGGUAGUGAAUUCUCGCCGGAGACAGUGGAGUAUCUGAUCGGGACUUUUGUUGGCGGUGAGUCCUUUCCUUUCUCGUCGGAGUUUUGGCAGAAAUUGUUGGAGCUUCCUCUCAAUGUCCAAUGGCCUACUGAACGUGUUCAACAAGCUUGUGAGCUGUUAGCCAAAAACAAUUGUCACACCAGGCAUCUUGCAAAGCUUUUGUUCCAUCUAGCAUGCUACUUGCAAGAGUUCAUGUCUACUUCUGCUGUGUCACCUUUGGUUUAUGAAAAGGCUGCUAAUGCAGUUUAUAUCAGUUCCGUGUUUUUGAAGCACCUGAUUGAAAGUGGCUUCCAGUUAUACCUUUCUUUUGAUGGUGAUGAAGCUGUACUGAAGGAUGUUUUGGGAGAUCAAACCAUUGUAAAUCUCGUAAUGCGGAAUGUACUGAACUUUAUAGUAUCAGUAGAAGUGAGUCCCAUCACAUUUCUUCUACAUCUAGAGCUGCUUAAUUUCAUGACCAUUGCAAUGUCAACCCAGCUUCUCUGUGGACCAUCUCCUGGACCAAAUGAUGUGAACCCAUUUAUUGAUGCAGCGAUGGCUCAGGACAGCUCUCUGGUUGGUUUAGUUGUCCGUAAAUUACUUCUAAGCUUCAUUAUCCGCCCUAAGGUUCCAUUCAAUAGGGCAACUUAUCCCAUCUUUUAUGACGAAAGUCAGAGUAGUGUGCUGCAGAGAGUUGGUUCUGCAGCUGCAAAUAUUGUUUUAUUGCCAUUCAGUUAUUUGGUCAGUUCAAGCAGCGAAGGGUCAAGAAAUCCUAUAGCGGAUAGUAGUCUUGACGUGCUUCUUGUUCUCAUUCAUUAUCAUAAAUGUGCUAUGAGUGAAGACUACUCUGCCAUUGAGAAUAAAAAAUCUUCAGCUUCAGAUUUAUUACUCAAAGAAAAUAUUCACUUUUCCGACAACCCUUACUGCAAAGCCUUAGAGAAUGCAAUUGACUGUGAAUUGGAUCGUGUAGACGUUGAAGGCAAUGCGCACAGUGGUCAACACAUAAAGUUACCUUUUGCUUCUUUGUUUGAUACACUUGGCACGUGCUUAACUGAUGAGACAGCGGUCCUACUGCUUUACUCGUUGUUGCAAGGAAAUUCUUCCUUUUUGGAGUAUGUCUUGGUGCGGACUGAUAUAGAUACUUUGUUAAUGCCGAUUCUGGAAGCUCUAUACAAUGCUCCAAUGAGGACAGCUAAUCAAAUAUACAUGUUGCUGAUUGUAUGUCUUAUACUUAGUCAAGACUCUUCUUUCAAUGCAAGCAUUCAUAAGUUGAUACUGACGGGUGUUCCAUGGUACAAAGAACGUCUUCUCCAUCAGACCUCUCUUGGUUCUCUUAUGGUCAUAAUUCUUAUCAGAACUGUACAGUAUAAUUUGUCUAAACUACGGGAUGUAUAUCUCCACACAACAUGUCUGGCAACUUUGGCUAACAUGGCACCUCAUAUCCAUCGUUUGAGUGCAUAUGCAUCUCAAAGACUAGUUAGCCUUUUUGAUAUGCUUUCACGCAAGUAUAACAAAUUAGCUGAUCGCAGAGAUAAUAAACUUCAUAAUGCAAAAGGCAACUCAAUUGAAGGAAACAGCUUUGUAGAAGAUGUGUCAACUGAAUUGCAAAUUUAUACUGACUUCUUGAGGCUUGUACUAGAAAUAAUCAAUGCAAUCCUGACUUAUGCACUGCCUCGGAAUCCAGAGGUAGUGUAUGCAGUAAUGCACAGACAGGAAGUCUUUCAGCCAUACAAGAGUCACCCACGCUUCCACGAACUGCUUGAAAAUAUUUACACCGUUUUAGAUUUUUUCAAUACUCGUAUGGAUGCUCAAAGAGUGGACGGUGACUGGUCAGUCAAUGAAGUGCUCCAAGUGAUAAUCAUCAAUUGUCGUUCUUGGAGGGGUGAUGGGAUGAAGAUGUUUACUCAACUGCGCUUCAUGUAUGAACAAGAGAGCCAUCCAGAGGAGUUUUUUAUCCCAUAUGUCUGGCAGCUUGUACUAUCCCAUUGUGGAUUUACAUUCAACACAGAAGCCAUCAAUUUGUUUCCAGUUGAUCUACACUCAGGAAAACUUGUAAAUGGGGUGGUGGAAAGCACACUCCUAAAUGGUGAUUUUGACAAGCCUGAGUAUCAGCUCGAUCCAUAG